AUGUCCUUGAGACAAAUAUUGAGCGUGCCCGCAGUACCGAAAUCCAAUUUUGAUGUUUUCAAAUCCAGAGAAGAAUAUAUUCAAUUGGCUGAAAACUACAUUCGAAAUCGUAAACCAUUUAAUUACAAAGUCUAUCGUCCAUAUGUGGCAGAUUUCAAGCCAACAAUUCCUGUAUAUGGUAAAGAUUAUGUUGGUAACAUAUUGGAUUCGAUAAAGUGGUUCAAUAUGAAACCAACAACAGAGGGGCCAAAUGGGUCAUUACAAUCAACGGCUUCCAGUGUGGUUACGGAAGUGAGUAAUGCGGAUCAAGAGAACUCAACAAUAAUUCCUAUUUCGGAACAUACUUCUGAUGCGAUAUCACAGGAAUCCACAACAGAAGCAUUCAUUGAAACCACAACGAGCCAUUACGAAAAUUCAACAGACGUGGAUCCUUCCAGCUCUUCAGACUUGCAUAAAAAUGCAGCUAUAAAUAGUUCAAGAAUAGAUACCACCACCAUGGUUCCAUUGUCAGGUCUAAACACAGAGACAACUACGGAAAGUAUUUAUACGUCCUCAGAAAUAAAUGAAGAGAAUACCACCAACGAAAUUGCAAUUGAGGACUCCACUAUUCCGAAUAGAGACCAAACAACCGAACGUUUGAUUGAAACAACCACAAAUGGAUUAGAGACCUUAACAACAUCCAACACUUCUUGGUGGGAGGAAAAUCUAACAACAGAGAAAAAUUCGGACAAUGGGGCCUACGAUUACUCUUCAACUCCUGAUAGUUCCUCUACAGAAGGACAAAUACUGGAAACCACUACAUAUACAAGUGGUAGUAUCACCAUCGAUGAAUUUGAUUCCACAACCGAAACAGGUUCCUCUACAAACUAUCUUUUCGAUUCCACAACCCCAAAAGAUUUAACCAUCUUCACAACCGAAAUGAAUUUUGUUACGACCACCGAGUUCGAUGUCACAACAGCAACCUACAAAGAAGUGCCAACAACAACAUAUACUCCUGAAAAAGUUACGACGAUUUCAGAAACAAUACCUAUUUUGGAUCAUGAUGUUGGGACCACAGAAAAAGACGAUUUUUAUUUGACCACUGAAUCAACGUCUACAGAAAAUUCUGUUGAUGAGACGACGGAUUCAAAUAUCGCAACGGAAUUUACCACUUCUCACGUAUCUCCAGAUUCAACCACGGAUUUUACCACUGAAUCAAUGUCAACAGAAAAUUCUGUUUAUGAGACGACGGAUUCAAAUCUGGCAACGGAAUUUACCACUUCUCACGUAUCUUCGGAUUCAACCACAGAAAAUAAUACAGAAGAGACCACGCACACAUAUCCCUUGACGGAGAAUUUUACUGAGAACGUGGGAUUUCAGGAAACCACUACCAUAAAAACGUCGAUAGAAAAUUCUCAAGAUGAAACCACAGGGACACCCGAACGGUUUUCAGAGAUUACAUCCACUACAGAAGCUCUGGAGUCUACAACUGUGAAAACUGCAUCAAUAAAUGUUGAUGAAGCCACUGAGUCAACAAACGAUUAUACGACAGAAAGCGGAACACAAGAAUCAUUGGACUUAGAAGUAACCACCGAAUCGGAGCCACAAACUGAAGCUCAAUAUACUACCACCCAAAAUCCCCAGAAUAUAUUUUCAACAACAACAGAGUCUUCAGAAAAUACUACUACUGGACGUCCCAUCGAAGAUUCAGAUGAACUCACCACCGAAUCUUUAGAAUAUUCUACAACAGAAAAACUUACAGAGACGGAAAUUCCAUUGAAUGAAGAUAAUACCACAGAAGAAAUAAUCACUGAGAUCACAACAAUACCGAGCAUCGAUCAUACUACAACGGCAAAUAACAAAGAUUUCACCACAGAGGCAACCCAAGUUGAGGUCUCAAAUAAUUCACUCAAUAACAAUUCAGCAAUGGACAUAAAUAACAAUUUCAGCACAAAAGAGACAACAACUGAAAGCACAACCGCCUCCAUUGUCGAUAUAUCUACAACGGAAAUGAACGAAGAUCUCACCACAGAGGAAACACAACCUGAGACAUCAACAAGCGAUAUUAUUGAGAGCACAACCAAUUCCGUAGUUGACAGUGCAGCAACGAACAUAAAUUACGAUUUCAGCACAGAAAAAAUAUUUACUGAGAGUACACCAUUCUCCAUUGUCGAUAUAUCAACAACAAAUAUAAAUAUAGAUCUCACCACAGAGAUGACUCUUUCAGAAAGUUCAACGAAUUCAAUAACUGAAAACGACAUGCAUCAAAAAGAAGAAAUCACUGAGAGCACAUCAUCCUCCUUUAUUUCUACAACGGAUAUUAAUGAAGAUAUCUCCACAGAGCAGACGCUCUCUGAAUCAACAACAACUUCCCUGAUCGAAAAAUCUACAACGGCAACAAAUGAAGAGCAAACCACACAACAGCCAACAUUUUAUGAGAGCACAACAGAUUCCGUUAUUGAUUUCUCUACAACGGACAUAAAUGAACAUUUCACCACCGAAUUAAUAACAACAAAUGAGAAACAAAAUUCUACUGAAAUCACCACAAAUCCCACUGACACAACAACGCAAUCUAUCCUCAACCUUGACGAAAAUAAUUCAGAAUCAGAAAUCGAUCAAACCAUAACAGAAACCACAACUUUGAGUGAAAGUUUGUCCACGCCAAAAGAAAAAUCCUCACGAUCAUUGUCCAUGGAACCCCGACAUCGGAAACCAAAGACUUUUGAAUAUUUUGCUGAUAUGAUGCCAGCAUUAGAAUAG